CUCCGCGCCGGGUGGAAGGUGCUGAGGCUGGAGUCGCCGCCAUUUUGAAGUGACCAAGUUCUUCCCCUCCCCACCCCCUCACCCUUCCCUCCCCUUUCUUCCCUGUCUGUGUGUGGAGAGCUCCGAUCGGCUGAGGAUGCCAGCCCCUAUCAGACUGAGGGAGCUAAUCCGGACUAUCCGGACAGCCAGGACCCAAGCUGAGGAGCGUGAGAUGAUACAGAAGGAAUGUGCUUCAAUUCGAUCUUCAUUCAGGGAAGAAGAUAAUACUUACCGCUGUCGAAAUGUGGCAAAACUACUGUACAUGCACAUGUUGGGAUAUCCUGCACACUUUGGUCAGUUGGAGUGCCUAAAGCUGAUUGCCUCUCAGAAAUUUACAGACAAACGGAUUGGUUACCUUGGUGCUAUGUUGUUGCUUGAUGAAAGGCAAGAUGUACACUUGCUCAUGACAAACUGUAUUAAAAAUGACCUGAACCACAAUACACAAUAUGUACAGGGCUUGGCACUCUGCACUCUUGGCUGUAUGGGAUCCUCAGAAAUGUGUAGAGAUCUUGCAGGUGAAGUGGAAAAGCUACUGAAGACGUCAAACUCUUACCUGAGGAAGAAGGCAGCGCUUUGUGCAGUUCAUGUAAUCAGAAAAGUGCCUGAGCUGAUGGAAAUGUUCCUGCCAGCGACUAAAAACCUGCUGAAUGAAAAAAAUCACGGUGUUCUUCACACAUCCGUUGUUCUGCUCACAGAAAUGUGUGAACGAAGUCCUGACAUGUUAGCACACUUUAGGAAACUUGUCCCUCAGCUUGUUCGAAUCCUGAAAAACCUUAUUAUGUCUGGUUACUCACCAGAACAUGAUGUCUCUGGCAUUAGUGAUCCUUUCCUUCAGGUUCGAAUACUGCGUUUACUACGAAUGUUGGGUAGAAAUGAUGAUGACUCGAGUGAAGCCAUGAAUGACAUUCUUGCACAGGUUGCAACAAACACAGAAACCAGCAAAAAUGUGGGUAAUGCAAUUUUAUACGAAACAGUUUUGACAAUUAUGGACAUCAAAUCAGAGAGUGGACUGAGGGUUUUAGCCAUUAAUAUCUUGGGACGGUUCUUGCUUAAUAAUGACAAAAAUAUUAGGUAUGUCGCACUGACAUCGCUGCUUAAAACGGUCCAAACAGAUCAUAAUGCAGUCCAAAGACACAGAAGUACAAUCGUGGAUUGUUUGAAGGACUUGGAUGUAUCUAUUAAAAGGCGUGCAAUGGAACUGAGCUUUGCUCUCGUAAAUGGAAAUAAUGUUAGAGGAAUGACGAAGGAAUUGCUCUAUUUUCUGGAUUUGUGUGAUCCUGAAUUCAAAGCUGAUUGUGCCUCUGGCAUCUUUCUUGCAGCAGAGAAGUAUGCACCAUCCAAGAGAUGGCACAUAGACACAAUAAUGAAAGUGUUAACAACGGCUGGCAGUUAUGUAAGAGAUGACGCAGUGCCCAAUUUGAUCCAGUUGAUCACAAAUAGUGUUGAAAUGCACGCCUAUACUGUACAGAAACUUUACAAAGCCGUCCUGGAAGAUACCUCUCAGCAACCUCUAGUGCAGGUGGGUGCUUGGUGUAUGGGAGAGUACGGUGACCUUUUAGUUUCUGGACAAUGUGAAGAAGAGGAACCCAUUCAGGUGACAGAAGAUGAAGUUAUAGAUGUUUUAGAAACUGUACUACAGUCAAACUUAUCGACAUCUGUAACAAGAGGAUAUGCUCUCACUGCAAUUAUGAAGCUAAGCACAAGGUUUACCAUAAAUGUAAAUCGGAUUAAGAAGAUAAUGUCUGUAUAUGGAAGCAGCAUUGAUGUGGAACUUCAGCAAAGGGCUGUUGAAUAUAAUGCACUUUUCAAAAAAUUUGAUCACAUGAGAUCUGCACUGCUGGAGCGAAUGCCUAUAAUGGAGAAAGUAACCAAUGGACCUACAGAAACUGCACAAACUAAUGGAGAGUCAGAGCCUACAAUAUUGGAACCAAAAUUGGUGCUCAGUGCUUCUCAACCUAGUAAUCAGGCUAAUGACUUGUUAGACUUGCUUGGAGGAAGUGAUGUGACACCAGCAAUUCAGACCGUACCACCCAGUAAACCAAGCACAGCUGGUGGAGAGCUUCUGGACCUGUUAGGAGGGCUGGAUCUAUCAGGGGGAACCAUGCCAAUAAAUGUCCAGGCACCACAAGUUUCACAGCCUCCCUUUCUGUUGGAUGGUCUAGCAUCACAGCAAGUCUUCAAUGAUCUAGCUUCAGGCAUUCCUCCUGUCACAGCAUACUGUAAAGGUGGUUUGAAAAUAGAAUUCAACUUUGAACGUUCCAACACAAAUCCUAAUGUAACAGUUGUUACAAUUAGUGCUACCAACUCCACAGAUGGAGACAUGACUGACUUUGUAUUUCAAGCUGCAGUACCAAAGACAUUUCAGCUGCAGCUUCUUUCUCCAAGUAAUAACAUAAUUCCAGCACGAAAUGCAGGAGCUGUUACACAAGUUAUUAAAGUACUUAAUCCACAGAAGCAACAACUUCGCAUGAGGAUAAAGAUCACAUAUAACCUCAAUGGAUCACCAGUGCAAGAUUUAGCAGAAGUAAAUAAUUUUCCCCCUCAGUCAUGGCAGUGAUUGUUUGGGUGGCAACGACCUCUUUUCCACAAGUGGAUUUUGGUAAAUCUUUGGGAACAUCAUAUCCUAAGAGUGCCCUUAUGCACAACAACAUAACAUGUAUAUCAGUCCUCAAUGCGAGAUGCAAAAUUUAUGAACAAAGUCUGAGGAAUAUCAUGCCUACAAAUGCUAAUCAUUUUUCAAAACACAUCCAUAUUAGUCUCUAUCACUAUCAUGUUCAUCGUUGGAGUAUCUGCUUGUGGUAUGCACUACACAUCUUCCUGCUUUACCCCACUGAUCUUUGCGGAACUUGGAACAUUUGCACAGAAAAGUGAACCAGUUUGUCAGUAUGUGCCCAGCAGCUUUGCAAGAUUUCAGCACAUAAGAAGCUAUUGUUUUCAACUACUUACCACACAUUUAUUAGGAACUUGAGGGGAGAGCAUUAUAAAUUGGUUGCAGUAGGUUCUAUACUGUAAUAAUUUUCAAACCAUUCAACAACGGAUCUCAAUAAAAUGUACCACGGUCUUAAAAAGCAUUUUUGCCCUCUCUUGGCAUUUUACUUGUAAACAAUACAAGUAAUUAAUUGGAUGAUGACCUUCAGUGCUUUCUCAUCCAAAAUCUACUUCUAAUGGGUGAGGAUUGCUGAUGUUUGCUUAGUCAGAAAACAGUGCCAGUCAGUUCACUUGCUGAAUUUUGAUAGAGGUAUAAGUGUCUGUGACAAUCUGAUUUUGCAGUGAAGAAUCUUAGUCACAUCAUUGUUCACUUGAGCAAUAUGACUUCCUGCCUUGAUUCUUUUCAAAAACAUAGUUUUUUAAAUAAUCUUAAUAGUCUCAGAGUUUGAAUCACAUUUUUAUACAAGUCCGCAAAACUAAUACUUUGAUACAAUUUCAUCUGCACUGUGACUAGUUUAGCAAAUGCUACUUUUUCACUUCUCUAGGACAGAAAGAGUUUGAUUAUUGGUCCCCUCUUUAUUUUCCUGUUGCAAGAUUAUCAUAGAACAUACCGGCAAACUAUUAACAGUCAAAUAUUUCAGCCUCCUCUCAAAGUCUAAUGCAUUAAAGGUCAAUGACAAAAUUUAGUAUUUCUCGGUCAACUUCAUGUAUAUUAUGAUAUGCAUUUGUACAGUUAUUAAAUUAUGUAAUUACUUUUGGAGGUUUUUAAACUUCAAAUUGGGUUCAAAAUAAGUUUUUUUUGUGCCAGAUGAUUAGCAUUUUGUCAGUUGAUUGGGUCCAAUUGAAUCUUUGGAAGUUCCUUUUCUUAAAAAAAAAAAAGUGAUUAAAACAAACUGAAGCUUAUUCAGUUUUGUUAACUUUAAAUUACAGAACUGCUGAUGUAAGUAAAUCAAUGCACUAAUUUGGUGUCUUAAAGACCAUUCGGAUUAAAGUAACAACGAAUACUUUGGGCAGUUUAUGAUUCUAUAUAUGGAUGAAUUAAAAGGGAUACUGUAAUUUAAAUCUUGAGAUUUCCUUUCUAAAACUGAGGAUUGAUGGAAAAUGGCUUCGAAGCACAGAAAUGAUUCCCCUUUUCAGUGUGAUAUUCAAAAGUGGCUUAAAACGUUGGAAUUUUUUAAAAAUGGUUUGUAUUUUCCAAUGCAAAGGAAAACUGCUCCACUAACCUUUUUUUAUAGGUAUGGUUUCCAGCUGCCAUCUUAGUUGAUCUUUUAAAUGGAGGGUGAAAAGAAGAGAAUUUCUAUUUAAUUUUAUCAGAAUCAAAAUAUAUUGGACAGACUGAAAGUCCAGAAUGUGUUGGUCAAUUCAUGGUGUGUGUACUUGAUGCUCUUAAUGUAUGUAACUGCAAAAGUGCUGCUGUUUCAAUAAAUGUAUAGGGCAGAGCAAAAAUUGCAUUUUCAAAUUGAGCUACUGCAAAACAUGGCAAAUGGUUCUGAUCUUUUGAGGGGAGUUAGAUUUAACUGUAUACGCUAAUUUGUAUGCACAGUAUAUAAGCUGGAGUGUGUUUGCAGGAUCACAUGAAAUUAACAUUUGACAAAUAAGUUGUAUUGGUAAUGGGAAAUGUGUGAAUACUUCUUUGCAUAAUAUGAAACCAAUUAAUACAAAGGAAGAAAGUUGGUUUUCUAUUAUGGUGUGUUGAAAGAAUGAACAUAUAGGAUUAAAAAUAUUUUCAUAAUGCAGUCUCUAACAAAUGAAAUAUAUUGCCAUUAUUUAAAUGGAGGAUCUGUGCUUUAUCUGAUUUAUCCUCAUCCUACAAAAUGGAGGUAAAGUAGGUAUUUCUAAUAUCUGAUGUUAAUGUUGAGCAUUCAUGCUGAGUUAUGUAUUAGGCAGUACUAACUGCAAGAUAACACUCACCUCAUCAAGAAUCUGAAUUACAGUAAUUGUCUCCUUUCAUCACUCUAAAAGUUAUUCAGUAAUAAUUGCAUUUCAUUUAAUGGACAGUCAAAACUGAUGACUAUCUUAAUGGAACAGUUGUACAUUUCAUUUAUUUUGUUUAAUUUUGAGUUUAUAGAGCAAUAGUAAAUUGAUCUAUUCUAAAGCCUUCCCUAACCAUUUUAAAACUAUAAAUUUGAGCCAAUUUUCUUCAGUGGAACAUACAUUCGUUUGUAAUUUUAAAUUAUUUUGCUAAGUGAAAUUGUCCGAAUGAAAACUUCAAAAUAAACUGUUAUUGAGGUAACAGUAAUUACAGCCAUACUCUCUUCACUAGUAACUUUGAGUCAUAAAACAUGCAAAGUUACUUUAGGUUCUAACACUUAAUAAAUAGGACACCCAAAUAGGCAAUAAAUUUUUGUCCCUGGAAAAAUUAAGUGCAUAACUAAAGUAUGUGUCCUGUUGUCUUUAUUAAUUGUCAGUAUGGCCACUUAAGGCUCACUAUAUGAGGGGGAAAAGAGAUUUCCAGUAAGAUACCAGCAGUGACCAUAUUGUGUAUAUUGCAUGUUGGCAGUAAUGUUACUGCAUGUUAAUGACAAACACCUAGCUACUCUUCAUGUUUUGUUUUCAUUUUAUUAUGGGUGUGUGUAUCAGUUCAGAGUAUCUUUUCAGUUAUCACCUCUGAAAUUGAAUCACUAUCUGCCAUUUAAUAACUUCCUGUUGAACAGGAGUUCAAUGAUUUCUUAGAAAACUGAGUUUGAGAUUUCCUACCUAUGUUGUUAGUGAUCAUGAUAUCAGUUUGUAUCUUUGUGACUUUAGGCUUUUCUGCAACUGUCAGCUGUCCUUGCACGUGGAGUUAUUAGCGAACUGUUAUUAUGGAUUAGCAAGGAAUCAGGUUGGAAAAAAAUGUAAAGCUUGAUUUUUGGCUGUCUUGAGCAUAAAUAUGCUUUUUAUUCA